AGGUUGGGGCAGAUUUCUGACUGGUCAAUUCGGUAGUUUGGGCCACUUUUGAUUGGCUGACCCCGCGCAUCCGCCAGAUUGCUUCAGGUCUGUUCAUUGUAACUGAAUUAGCGCAGCCAAUUCUGCUGUAAAGAACAGACCUACCAUCUAUUGCUGUCCUCAUCAUGGAUGCAGCACAUCUAUGGUCGUGAAUGAAAUCAGUGGGAAGGGGUCCAUUUAUCCACGCGUGUCGCGUGCGGGAUGAGUUUCGCGCAUUCCCGCGGGAUCGAGUCGAGCGCGGAACCGGGCCGAUUAUUUUCGCGCGCGGAUCCACGCGGAUACAACACUGUAAUGGCGACGCCGACCAACAGCGGUGGUAACAUCGUCGACGAGUUCGAGGAAUCCUUUCAGCAAUGUUUGAGUAUAUUGACAAAGGAUGAGGGAUUGGGCAACAGUGGAACUGGUGCGUUUGGUGGUGGUUUGAUGGUGGAUAAGGACGAAGGUCGCGCGGAAAUGGAACAGGCUACCAUGAGAUUCAUAGACUUGGCUAGGCAGAUGGAGGCUUUCUUCUUGCAAAAGAGAUUCCUCCUGUCUGCGCUAAAACCCGAGCUGAUAGUCAAAGAAGACAUCAGCGAUCUGAGAGUGGAACUGGCUCGUAAGGAGGAGCUGAUAAAAAGGCACAAUGACAAGAUUGCCGUCUGGCAGAAUAUGUUGUCGGAUCUGCAAGGAUGGGCGCAAUCACCCGCUCAAGGCCCAGCACCCAGUGGCUUACCAAACGGAAAUCAAAGCGGGCAAAAUCCUCAAACUGCAAGUGGCAGCGGCAACGCUUCGAUGCAGCAGCAGCAGCAAAUACUGCAGCAUCAGCAACAGCUGCAACAGCAACUGCAGCAACAGCAGCAGCAGCAGCAUCCACAAUUGCAGCAACAAUUGCAACAGCAGAUGCAACAUUCAUUGCAAUCACAGGAAAUUGAAGAGGAGUUCGAGUAUGAAAGAGAAGCGAUUGAUAGUACGGUUUUUGAAUGCUAUGGUGCCUUGGAGUUGCUGGCCUUGUUUGAUUGAUUUUUUCGUGAUUUGGUCAACGAGCGAUUUUUUUGUAGUUAUUUUAAAUCUUAAAUUUUUCUCGUAAUCCACUUAUUAUCUUUUUUUUAUAUCUUUUUAUGUAUUCUAUUCUCAUAUCACAGCAAUUAUGUUUAUAUCGCGAAACUCUGAAUUUUUUACAACAUAUAUCAAAAUUAUAUUAAUUACGUGCAUAAUAUAUACAUAUAGUAUAGAAGAAAGCCCCCUAUUGUAAAAUAGGCUCUUAACAUAAGAAAAGCGGAUGUUUAACAUCCAAUUUUACAAAACGUUUUUGCAACCAUUACACGCACAAUCUAACAACGAAUUUUCCACUAAACAGAUUUCCCUCCGAUAGUAAUAAAUUUGUGAUGGGAUCAACAGAUGAUGCCUAUUAAUUUAGUAGAAACCGCUAUCUCAUAUUAGGAGCCUAUCUCAUAAUAGAGGACUCCCCUCUGCAUAUAAAUGUAUAUAUUAUAACGUAUGUUCGUGUACGCGCACCGAUAGAAAUGAUAUUCGUAUAUACGGAUGAGGGGCACGCGCGAAAACGGAUAGCCCCCACCACAGGCGGCAUUUGUCGUGCGCACUCGCUCUCGAGUGUAACGAGAUAGUAGUAGUGAAGUUAAGAGUAGUGGGAACUACUCCGAUACUCCGUCCUUUGCGUGAGACGUACGAUAAAGAGAGACAGUAAUAUGAUACGUGAUGCUGUUAGCCGGUGUCUCAAUAACUAUUUUGUCCCGCGUAUACCGCGAUACGGAGGCAUUCGAAUUGAACUGUACUGCAUUGCGUUUCGUUCAAAUGCUUUUUUCUCGCGCUUUUUCUCCUUCCGACAAACAUAAUUAAGUCACCAAGGAUCAGUUCGGACAAAUUUUAAUUAUAGACAUUUAUUGCGAGCGUUUAUGAAACUAGUAGUUAAACACAC